UAUCAACGUCAAAGUAUUUUACCUAUAUAAUCAAUAAAUUACCCUGUUAUUUCUUUUUCUCCUUUUGUGCGGCUGCGCCCUUUCCUCAUAAACCCAAACCCUUUCCUUUGUCUUCAAAAAUCUUAACAUUUAUUUUCCUUUAUCUCCCUCGAUUUUGUUUUCGUCUUUGGCCAUGGACGGAGGUCAAUAUAACCCUAGGACUGUGGAGGAGGUGUUUAGGGAUUACAAAGGGAGGAGGGCUGGCAUGAUAAGAGCGCUGACCACCGAUGUGGAGGAUUUCUACCAACAGUGCGACCCAGAUAAGGAAAAUUUGUGCCUUUAUGGGUAUCCUAACGAGCAUUGGGAAGUUACUCUGCCUGCAGAAGAGGUUCCUCCAGAACUUCCUGAGCCUGCGUUAGGUAUCAACUUUGCUAGAGAUGGAAUGCAGGAAAAAGAUUGGUUAUCUUUGGUGGCAGUACACAGUGAUGCAUGGCUAGUUGCUGUCUCUUUCUACUUUGGCGCUAGAUUUGGGUUUGAUAAAGCCGACAGAAAGCGCCUCUUUGGUAUGAUAAAUGAGCUGCCUACUGUCUAUGAAGUCGUGAAUGGAAAGAACAAAGUGAGGACAUCUGGUACCAACAACCACAGCAAUAACAAAUCAAAGUCAAACUCUAAAGUGGUAAAAGCGAUGCUUUCAGUACUUGGAUUUUUUUAGUAACACUUGCGUGCAUCAUUUACAACUACAGUUGAUAGUUAUAUUUUCUGUCCUUGCAUGUAAGCAGAGUUGUUACCUCAUGGACGCCAUAGUGAUCAACUCGCAUUUGGACCAGUUGU